AUGGUCGAUACACUCGACGAACCUACGCAGGGCAAGAAUCGUGCACGACCACAGCCGACACCGAAGCGACACAUACGCAGCCGACCGGGGUUUCGUCUCCUCCUCCGCAAUUCGCUCGACUUCCUCGGUAACGGUACCCCCCACGAACUCGCUAUCGUUCGCAUUGCCGUUUUUCCAAACACGACCGACUCUCGCUUCUCCUCGCCCUCGCCAGCGGCAUCCGGCCAGGUCGUCCGCGGUAUCGUGCUGAUCACGACCGGAGGGAACAGCAGCCGCUUUCGUCCGCGUGUGGUGUUUCCUUUUCGUGCGGCGAUCGGCAAGACUCCCAGGUCCCUCAGUUGUUCCCAACAUGCUCCGGUUACACUGGCCAGAGCUCUCGCCAUCCUCCUCGCCAUCCUCCACGUCGUUAAGCAGGGACGAAGAUCUGAUGCUGCAGUGGCCAGACAGUACGAGAGCGAGGGGAUCAUGUUCACUGACGACGCCAUCUUGUCUGACCAGUCGUCCACAUCUUAUGUGAUCUUGACGAUGCUCCGUGGGUGCAGCAGUGUCUGGGGCCCCACUACAUAG